ACAACAUAAGAAGAUUCAGGAUUGCUUCGUCAUAGCUAUAAAACCACUGUUCCUGAUAUUUUAGUCACUUUGGUUCUGAAGCAGAAGAAGCAGCAAGUGUGAGAAACCAAUGUUCUAUGAAUGCUAUUACAGGAUGUCCUUAUUAGGAUUUAUUCUUCUUACAUCUGCCCUAUGCUGUAGCGCAGCACCAGCACUGGAGAAAGAUCACUGUCAAAAGCCACAACAAACAGAAGAAGAAGCAGAACUGCAAGGUGAUUGGAAUGAUGAAAGUUACCCCCCUGGUAGGGUUGCUAAUUAUAUCUGCCGUCCUGGAUACCUCCAAGAUGGAUCUAUCAAAAUGGCAUGCAUUGAAGGCAUGUGGUUAAAAUUAUCUGGAGGGCAAUGCACACAUACAUCUUGUGGACCUGCACCAAAUGUAGACAAUGCUGAUCUCUUACUUGGGAAAGACAGAUAUGUAUCUGGUGAAAGAGCAUCAUAUAAAUGUAAAUCUGGUUAUUCUCUGGGACCAGCUAUGGAAGCUGAAGCACUUUGUAGCAAUGGAGAAUGGAAAGAUAUCCCAGUGUGCAGAAAAAUUGGCGGGAAUUGUGGUCCAGCACCAGAAAUAGAAUUUGGAGACAUCACAAAUAGUAAAAGAGAAGAAAGUUAUAAAUCAGGUUCCAGAGUCUUUUAUCGAUGUCCAAAUUUUUAUGUACUUGACGGGAAAGAAGAAAUUAAAUGUGUGAAUGGAGCUUGGGAAAAGGCACCGGUUUGUCUAAAGCCAUGUACUAUAACAAAAAAGGAAAUGGAUGAAAAUAAUUUAUAUCUGAGGUGGAGAUCUGACCGCAAGAUAUACACUGAAAAUGGUCAGACAAUAGAAUUUACCUGUAAAGCAGGACAUGAGCCUCUCUCUGUCAUUAGUAUGAGACAAACAUGUAAUCAAGGAGUGGUGCAAUAUCCUAAAUGCCUCAAGAGUGGUUUUUGUGAAUUAGAACAAGCAACAAUGAAAAUAAAUAAUAUCAAUUCCGAAAGCCCUGUAGUUGAACAAGGAGACAGUAUUGAAUAUAAGUGUAAUGUAGGAAUGGUGCCAGAAACAGACCUAAAAGCCACAUGUGUCAAGGGAAAAAUAACAUAUCCAAGAUGUAAACCUGGAGAAAUUACCUGCAACCAGUAUCAACAAGUGGCCAAUGGUAGAUUGAUAUCUGAGAAGUCUGCCUACAAAGAAGGAGAUGAAAUUGCGCUGCAGUGUAAUGAAGGUUUUACAAUCCAGGUUGAAUCAACUAAACCGCGUGUAUGCACAUCAAAUGGCUGGUCUCCACCUGCAGCCUGUAUCAGUAGAAGAUGUGAGGAACCUGAAGUGAAGAAUGGAAAGCUCUCUAGAAGUUAUUAUUUUCCAAGACAGCCUGGCAGCUAUAUUUAUUAUAAAUGUAAUGACGGUUUUAGGACACAAGGAAGAUACCAAGAGGAAUAUAUUUAUUGUAGGACAACAGGAUGGGAUCCUGAACCAAAAUGUUUCAAGUUAUGUGACCCUAAGGGAGCUGUAGUAGUGAAUGGAAAUGUUCAUCAUACACGUUACGAAUAUUUGGAAGGAGAAAAAGUAACAUUCUAUUGUCACAGUCAAUUACGAACACCAGAUGGACAAAAUGGUGGAGAGAUUACAUGUCUUUCUGAUGGAAAAUUUUCACCAGCAAAAUGUUCCAGUACCUGCAAAAUUACACAACUUCAACAUGGAAAAUAUGCAGAAAUUGGAGAAAGAAAAGAAUUGGAGUUAGGUGACUCUUUGCGGUAUGAAUGUGAGGACGGAUAUAAAUCACCAAAUGAUAAUAUUGUUGACAGUGCACAAUGUACCAUUAAAGGAUGGGAUGUCAAGCCUGAAUGCAAAGAAAUCAACUGUGAAUGGGAUGGUUACACCUAUGCAAGUGGAAAGAGAAUCCAAUACUCCUGCCCUUCUGGGCAAAGGCAUUCUGGUUCGAAUCUCACCCAGUGUUUCUACUAUGGCUUGGGUCCACAACCUGUUUGUGAAGAUAUAAAUUGCGUUAUUCCAGAAGACUCAAAUCUUAUACAAAGUCCUCGCUUGCCAACUUACAAAGUUAAUACUGCGGUGUCAAUUUCAUGUCCUGGUAGCUUAAAGAGAAAGGGAGCCCAAGACAUUAUAUGCACUGCACAUGGCUGGCAUCCACAAUUACCAGUGUGUGAAGCUGAACAAUCAACAUCAUCAAAGUCUACUGCCCCACCGAAAACUACUGUCCCAAUAAAAGAUCCUGUUGACAUACAAGACAAAAUUGAAUGUGCCCCAGCACACAGUCCAGCGAACGCUAAAAUUGAAAAGCCGCUGAAAAAAUAUUACAGUGGUGAUAUAGUUAAGAUGAAGUGUGAUGAUGGUUUUAAAAUGCAUGGUUCUGCAUCAAUUCAGUGUAACGAUGGAGUAUGGGAAUCUCCACCUCAGUGCAUCCCAUUAAGGAAAUGUAAAGAACUUCCCUCUAUUAUUAAUGGAAAAUAUGACACUGCUUCUGGAAGAGUUGUGAAAUAUAGCUGCAAUGCUGGUUACAGGAUCACUGGUUCAGACAAAAUUACUUGUGAUGAUGGAAAGUGGACAACUUCACCAAUAUGCACAGGAAUUCCGUGUGGCACAGCCCAAGAUGUUCAAAAUGCAUUUGUUAAAGAACGGAACAGAGUCUACGUGCAUGGUGAAAGUGCAAUCUACCAGUGUAAAGAUGGUUUUACUGUUAUACCGUCUGGGAGCAGCUCAGCAGAAUGCAUAAAAGGACAAUGGAAAAAUAUUCCAACUUGUGUUGAUACAACUUGUGGACCUGCACCAAAUGUAGACAAUGCUGAUCUCCUACGUGGGAAAGACAGAUAUGUAUCUGGUGAAAGAGCAUCAUAUAAAUGUAAAUCUGGUUAUUCUCUGGGACCAGCUAUGGAAGCUGAUGCACUUUGUAGCAAUGGAGAAUGGGAAAGUAUUCCAGUGUGCAGAAAAAUUGGCGGGAAUUGUGAUCCACCACCACAAAUAGAAUUUGGAGACCUCAUAAAUAGUAAAAGAGAAGAAACUUAUAAAUCGGGUUCCAGAGUCUUUUAUCAAUGUCCAAAUUUGUAUGUACUUGAAGGAAAAGAAGAAAUCAGAUGUGUGAACGGAGCGUGGGAAAAGGCACCGGUUUGUCUAAAGCCAUGUACUAUAACAAAAAAGGAAAUGGAUCAAAAUAAUUUAUAUCUGAGGUGGAGAUCUGAACCCAAGAUAUACACUCAAAAUGGUCAUGCAAUAGAAUUUACCUGUAAAGCAGGACAUGAGCCUCUCUCUGGCAUUGGUAUGAGACAAACAUGUAAUCAAGGAGUGGUGCAAUAUCCUAAAUGCCUCAAAAGUGGUUUUUGUGAAUUAGAACAGGCUACAAUGAAAAUAAAUAAUAUCAAUUCCGAAAGCCCUGUAGUUGAACAAGGAGUCCGUAUUGAAUUUAAAUGUAAUGUAGGAAUGGUGCCAGAAACAGACCUGCAAGCCACAUGUGUCAAGGGAAAAAUAACAUAUCCAAGAUGUAAAGCUCCAGCAAGUUGCAGAGCUCCUGAUAUUGCACAUCAAGAUGAUAAAACUAAACUAGUCAGAUAUGACUCCGGUUCCUCUGUGGAAAUCUUGUGCAAGGACAACCAUGUAUUGAGUGGGAAUAAGAUUGUGAUGUGUAACAAUGGUCAAUGGACUGUGCUACCAACAUGUGAUCCUGUCAAGCCAUGCCAAAUUUCCAUACAAGACAUUAAUGCAAAUAAUUUUCAGCUGGAAUCGCCUAGUGACCUUCAAAAAGAUGUUCAGCAUGGUGCAGAAGUAAAGGUUGUCUGCAAGACAGGAUUUAAACGUCCAACAGCUUCAAAGGCGUUAUGUGACAAUGGGAAAAUGAAAUAUAACAGAUGUUUUCCUGGAGACACUUGUCGUUUAAAGCAAGAGGAUAUUGAUACACACUACUUAGAACUGCAUGAAGAACAUGAUGGUGAAGUAUAUUAUGGGGAAGGUGAAUAUAUUAAAUUUACAUGUAAAGAAGGAUACCACAGCAGCAACGUGCUGAUUGGAAAAUGUUCUAAAAAAGAAAUAAGUUAUCCUACAUGCACAGAGUGAAAAUUUUAUGAUUCCCACGUACUAUAAUGCCCUGCAUUUUGUCACGUUUCCUGGAAAAUAUACUCUCUGUGUGCAGAAAUAAUACUUGAUAUUGUGAUUUCCUGUUUUAUGCACCAACAUUAAUAAUACAAAAUGAAGAUGUCCUCAUUAAAAAAAGAUGACUUAAUAUUUUUUGUUUUGUUUUUAAAUAAAUACCUUACUCUAAUAUAAA